GUCCCUUUAAACAGAGCAAGGGAACGUUGACGUCAUUUUUAUAACUGCGCAGCGUUGGACCGGAAGGAAGUGGGUGUUAGCUGACUGACGUUAGCAAGCUACAAUUACUUAGUCUGCUGCGGGUUCUAUGGAAGAGAUGUCAGGAGAGAGUGUGGUGAGCUCGGCAGUGCCGGCAGCUACAACCCGGACUACAUCCUUCAAGGGUUCCAGCCCCAGCUCUAAAUAUGUGAAGUUAAAUGUGGGUGGGGCACUGUACUACACUACAAUGCAGACACUAACCAAACAGGACACAAUGCUCAAAGCCAUGUUCAGUGGCAGGAUGGAGGUCCUCACAGACAGUGAAGGUUGGAUCUUGAUUGAUCGCUGUGGGAAACAUUUUGGAACAAUCCUUAACUACCUUAGAGACGGGGCAGUGCCGCUCCCAGACAGCCGACGGGAAACCGAAGAACUGCUGGCUGAGGCCAAGUAUUAUCUUGUCCAAGGCCUAGCUGAUGAAUGUACAGCUGCCUUGCAGAACAAAGAAAGUUAUGAACCCCUUUGUAAAGUGCCUCUGAUGACAUCAUCUAAGGAAGAGCAGAAGUUGAUUGCAACCUCAAAUAAGCCUACUGUCAAAUUGCUGUAUAACAGAAGCAACAACAAAUAUUCAUAUACCAGCAAUUCUGAUGACAACAUGCUGAAAAAUAUCGAGCUGUUUGACAAGUUGUCAUUGCGGUUCAACGGUCGAGUACUUUUCAUCAAAGAUGUGAUUGGGGAUGAGAUUUGUUGUUGGUCAUUUUAUGGCCAGGGGCGUAAGAUAGCUGAAGUGUGCUGCACCUCCAUUGUUUAUGCCACAGAAAAAAAGCAGACAAAGGUGGAGUUCCCUGAGGCUCGAAUCUAUGAGGAGACCCUCAACAUCCUCCUGUAUGAGUCCCACGAUGGGAGGGGUCCAGACAAUGCCCUGCUGGAGGCCACAGGGGGUGCUGCGGGGCGAUCUCAUCAUCUGGAUGAGGACGAGGAGCGAGAACGAAUUGAACGAGUUCGUAGGAUUCAUAUCAAACGACCUGAUGAUCGCACACACCACCACCAGUGACCUUUCUCCCUCGACCCGUCAGCCUGUGUCUCCGACCCUGGACAGUCCCUGCACCACACAUUGUGCCUUACAUCACCCAGCGCCUCUCUGUCUCACUUCCGCUCUUACUGGUAUUUUACCAGCUUUUUCUCCAGGAGACUACAGUGAGAUGAGUGUCAUACAGCAGUGUGUAGUGGUGAAGUGAUUUUGUGAGUGUUUGUGUGUUCACUUGUCAUCUUUGUUGUGUGGUUUGAGAGGCUGUAGUGUUUUUGUUCUCUGUUUGUUAGUCAUGAUAACUUCUAUCAUUGUUUUCUAAAGCCCAUAGACAUGGGUGUUUGCAUUCAGCACUGCAGGUGACCACCGUUUUACCAGAGGGUGUGGAAAAAAAAGAAUUGUCAAUAUAAAUCUUGUUAUUUGAGGUCCUAACUACAUUACAUCCAGGGGAACAAGAAUUAUAUCAUGUAAGCAGCUAAAAAUUAAUGUACAUAAUUUUGGCUUCUCCUUACCAUGGUUCUGACGGGUCCACUGUAAGGUGGAUUAACUAGGUGUUGUACACAAUGGGGCCACAUGGUGGCACCGUUUUACUCUUAGAAGAUGUUACCAAGGCUAUUUUGUAGCCUGCAGAUAAUAGCAAUUAAACCCUUUUUUUUAAUGUAAUAAUUUUGAUACAAUUAAGAUAUCACAGGUGGAUGCAACAUUUCACUGUAGUGCUUCUGCCAUAUUUAGUUUUAACAUUUAUGCAUUUUCCCUUCACUUCACUAAAUGAUCAUUAUUUUCAGUGGAGGGAACUUGAGCUGUGACCUGAGGUGUUAAAUGUACUGGGGUGAUUGAAUGAUGGAUGUCGAGGUUGAAGUGAAUGACUGUAACCAGAGAGCUCCCUGGUAGGAAGGGAAUCCUGUCUACAAGCUUUUAACAGGGAGAGAAAUUAGGCCUGUCCUUCAUCGCUGCAUUCAUCAGAGAAUGUACUGUUUGCACACAAAAGGUUUGAGUUGAAAUAUGUCUAACAAUCACAGUACUUGUAGGUCUGUUGUACAGAAGUGAACAUAUAUGUAUGUUUUAUAUUUAUACAUACUUUAUCACAAAUAAAUUUCUACAAACAUUA